GAGGAACCAGUGAUGGCAUCACUAAGUAAGUUGACAGCUAUUGAAUAUAUCGUAUUAUACACAGCCAGCAAACUUCAAAUUAAACUAUGUUUUUUCAGAGCUGUGGAAUUCUUGAAACAAGUCCUUGGAACUUACAGCUUAAGAUAUAUUAAGGCUUCCCGUAUGCUUGGUGACCAAUUAGCACUUGCAUGGGUCGUCAAGUUUCAUCUACCAUCGGCAUUGGGAAAAUUUUCUAAACAUGAAGCAUUUACUGGUGAAGUUAAUGGAACAUCUGUUCUCUUCUUGCCUUGUGCUGUUUAUAAUUGGACCCAGCCUGAGGGUGCUGGACAGUUUCAUGGUAUACCCUUGGAUGUUAAGGUUGUCCAUUUCAAAGGUUCAAGAAAGCGAUUGAUGCUUGAGAGGCUUUGGAAUUUCUCAGCUGGAAAGUUUCUGAAGACAUACCGGCCAUGUUAACACAAAGUACUGCAUCCCAGCGGCGUUUUCUAUCACAAAUAGCAAGUAUAUUGUCAGUGGCUCCGAAGACAAAUGUGUCUACCUAUAGGACCUCCAGUCAAGAAGAAUAGUGCAGAAACUGGAAGGCCAUACUGAUACUGUCAUUGCAGUCUCAUGUCAUCCCAAGGAAAACAUGAUCGCAUCCGGGGCGCUUGACAAUGACAAGACCGUGAAAGUUUGGGUCCAAAAGGAAGAAGAUUGAUGAGCUGCCUGGUUACGCUCUUAUCUACAUUGGCUGUCAUGUGGACUGACUAAUGGUAAGCAAAAUAUGCAGCUUCCCAAGCAACUAAAGUUUGCUGCAGUGGAGAAU